AUGCAAUCAAAUAGUUCUUUUUUAUUAUUAGACAUGGGGGCUCAACCACGCCAAUUUAGUGCCAUACUCAACCAAGCUUUAUGCAAAGCCAACAUUCAGAAAUUGGACAACAGAGAUGCUCUUUUAGAACUUAUCGAAGUUCUCACUCUGGAAGAAAUCUCCAAAAUCCAAGCUUUAUUACCCCCGGAUACUAACGACUGGUCCAGUGAUUUACUCAUGUCCUGCGCCCACGUCAUCGACAAUAAUUCUAAAUCCGUCAGAGCUUCCAUCUACAGUCAAUUUGUGGACAUCAUACUCCACCGUUUUGACCCUCGUGAAUGUGAAAAAGCUAACGUUCCUUUGAAAAAGUUUCUUCUACUCUGCACAUACAACCUUCCCACCUCUUUCGCUGAGAUGAAGCUUAAAGAUGUUUUCGAUCAGCUUAAACUCAUCCAAAUUAUGGGCAAUAAAAGCCGUUUACUAUUUACUUAG